AUGAGACUCUUUCUGGUCUGGUUGCUCUGCCAGGUGCAAGAGCGCGCCGCCCUUCGCGGCAAUGAGCGUGAGUUUGUGAAAUCGUCCCGGUGGCGGUCCGACUUCGCGAAGACGAAGAUCGUGCUGUGGUCCAACUUCGAGGAUGCCACCGUCUACAUGUUGUACGAGCUGGCAAUGGCGAGCUUCUGGCCAUAUCAGCAAUUCCGCCCGAACGUCCAGGCCAUCUUCAGUGACGAUCGUCGGUUCAACGCAGAGCUCAUGGGCGAAAUGGUGGUGAACAAGCUGCUGGACUAUCGGUCGUCCUUCCGCUCCAGAUCUGAUGGCGACGUGUUCCUUGUUGUCGCAUCCUCCAAGUACUCGCCCGUUGACGACAGCUUCAUGCAGUCCCUUCACUCACAGCGUCGAGGGAGGUCUGCGUCCUUCACCUUGAGGGAUCUCAUCAGCCAUUGCUAUGUGGACUCGGGGGCUGAUGGAAGGGACCCAGGCUCCUUUGCAAGGGCCAUGGCCGUGGAAUGGAAUGGCAAAUCCUUCAAAGACUACAACUUCUGGAUCCGCCCGGUAAUUUUGCUUGAUGAAAGCUGGCUUGUCGCAGACUAUGACCGAGGUCCUUCCAGAGCAGCUGCGGUCGCGGAGGUCGCUGACGCGGAGCGGAUGGCGGAGAUGCACACGCAGCAGAAGCUUGCGAAGUACAUGGUGCAAUCCAUCACCUCGGGCCCCAGCAAGUUCCAGUACAAGAUGGGCCUACUGGGCGGGAACGGUCCCAUCGCAGGGGCCUUUGCUGUUUUGACUCUUGCGGAGACCUUGCUGAAGGCUGGCCAAGGCCUUGGGCAUGUAGGCUUAGAGCUCUUCUCCCAGUCUCAGCAUCCCAUGUCAGCUGUUGAAGCCAUGCGGUACCCGAGCAUGGUCGAAGCCUACGUGACCGGCUUGAGCAAGUUCCUGACCAGGAGGGAUAUCGACAUCUACGGCUGCGCGAGCAACACCUGGUAUCAGAAUCUCUAUGCCCCGACGUCCCUGAGUUGGGGGAUGGCUGUUCAGUCGGGCUUCAGGAUGCUCCACAUGCCACGGGCCACCGUCCGGAAAGCCACCCAGUGCCUGAACAGGACGCGGCUGGGGAUGAUUGCAACCCACUGGACUCACCUCGCAGGGCAUCGUAGGGGCGAGGUCGAUGCCGACGGCUACCUUCUCAACGGCACGGGAAUCCUCGAGCGUGGCGAAAACGCGGAGAACGUCUAUGCCAUGGAGGCCCAGAGGGCCGGCGCCCGGAUUUUCUCCGCGAACGUGGACACCGCUUGGGAUGCGAUCAUGGUCGCCAAGCACGGCGACAUCUUUACGGCCAGGAAGCUGCUGAUGGACCAGAGGGUUGACAGGAUCGAGGGUUUGGAGGUUCCUGAGCACUCCGGGGCUUCGAACCAGGGGGUUUGGGCGGGAAGUCGGGUGCGUGGCAACGUGAGGUACAUCCAGGACCAGGACGUGGAUGCCGUCAUCGGUGGCUGCACCGAAGUGGGCCUUGCUUUAAGCCAAGAAGAUCUUGAUUCCAUCUCUUCUCCCGGCUCCAUCGCCUUCGUGGACUCGGGGGCGGUCAUGGCCGAGGUCUUGGCGAAGAAGGCGUUGGCCAGAGGCGGCGCCAUCUCCCUCUGCGACGAGGCCCCGUCAAGGUAG